GGGGAGAGGGCGGCGGCAGCGCCGAGCACAAACUCCGGAGGGGAAGCGGCACCGCCGGCCUCCGCCCCCCGCCCCCACACACACACCCUGUAGCGGGAAGGGGGAAGCAAGCAGCCCGCCCCCUCCCUCGCCGGUCCUGGCGGUGCACGGUCCUUCCCGGGACUCGGUGGCGGCGGGUGCUGUGCCCGGGGCGGAAGGCGAGCGGGGGGUAGCUGGGGCCUGAAGCCGCCGCCGCUGGAGGAGGGGAAGAGCGGGGUGUUCCCGCAGCGCGGGUGGAUGCGCAGCCUGAAGGGCGGCUCCUGCGGCGCCUCCUGCGGCCUCGCCAUGGCCGGGCCCCGACGGUGAAGGCAGCGGGAGCCGCCUGUGUCCGCGCCGCGCCAGGAGGCGGCGCCGCCGCAAGCAGGGGGCGGGCGGGGAGGGGGAUGAGCAGCGCCGCAGCUGCCGCCGCCUCUGCGGGAGCCGCCGCCGCCUGCACCGGGGCCGAACGCGGCUACUCCUUCUCCUCCGGCGGCGCCGCUCCGGCCAUGGGGCCCGAGGAGGGCUCGGCCGGCGGGCUGGGAGCCCUGCCCGCGCCGCCGCUGGGCUGCCGUAGCCGCUACCAGCUGCUGCUCUCCGGGAAGGCCCUGGCCGACAGAUACCGGAGGAUUUACACGGCGGCGCUGAGCGACCGUGAGCUGGGGAGCCACCCGGGCAGAAGUAAGAAACUUUUUAGCAAGAAAAAGUUGAAAAGAAAACAGAAGACUAAAUUGAAAGUGAAAACACGCAACAAGACUGAAAGCCUAGAGAGUACAAUAACCAUACCAGAUAUCAGAUUACAUAGCAAUCCUUCAGCUUUUAAUGUUUACUGCAAUGUCCGCCAUUGUGUGUUGGAGUGGCAGAAGAAGGAAGCGUCUGUGUCUUUGGCCUCAAAGAACAGUGUCCAGAGUGGGGAUUCAGACAGUGAUGAAGAAGAGGAGCCCAAAGAGCCACCUAUUAAACUUCCAAAGAUCAUUGAAGUUGGAUUGUGUGAAGUCUUUGAAUUGAUAAAAGAGACAAGAUUUUCCCAUCCAUCCUUGUGUCUCAGGAGCUUACAAGCCCUACUUAAUGUGCUCCAAGGUCAGCAACCAGAAGGCCUGCAAUCAGAGCCUCCUGAAGUCCUAGAAUCCCUGUUCCAGCUGCUUUUGGAAAUAACUGUCCGUAGCACGGGAAUGAAUGACAGUACAGGACAGUCCCUGACAGCACUUUCCUGCGCUUGCCUCUUCAGUUUGGUAGCUGCCUGGGGAGAGACAGGAAGGACAUUGCAAGCAAUCUCUGCAAUUCUCACCAAUAAUGGCAGCCAUGCUUGUCAGACUAUUCAGGUGCCAACCAUUUUGAACUCUCUUCAGCGAAGUGUACAGGCAGUUCUGGUGGGCAAAAUCCAAAUCCAGGACUGGUUCAGUAAUGGGAUAAAGAAGGCAGCCUUGAUGCACAAAUGGCCAUUGAAAGAAAUAUCUGUAGAUGAAGAUGACCAGUGCCUACUUCAGAGUGAUGGUUUUUUCCUCUAUCUCUUAUGUAAAGAUGGACUUUACAAAAUUGGCUCUGGAUAUAGCGGGACAGUGAGGGGCCAUAUAUACAAUUCUACAUCUCGCAUCAAAAACAGAAAAGAAAAAAAGUCUUGGUUAGGUUAUGCUCAGGGCUAUUUAUUAUACAGAGAUGUGAAUAAUCACAGUAUGACAGCCAUAAGAAUAAACCCUGAAACUUUAGAACAAGACGGUACAGUUGCUUUGCCAGAUUGUCAUACUGAAGGGCAGAAUAUCCUUUUCACAGAUGGAGAAUAUAUUAAUCAAAUAGCAGCAUCUAGAGACGAUGGCUUUGUAGUGCGAAUAUUUGCCACAAGUACUGAGCCAGUAUUGCAACAAGAGCUGCAGCUUAAGCUUGCAAGGAAAUGCUUACAUGCCUGUGGCAUCUCAUUGUUUGAUCUGGAGAAAGAUUUGCACAUUAUCAGUACAGGGUUUGAUGAGGAAUCAGCUGUCCUUGGUGCUGGGAGAGAGUUUGCACUGAUGAAAACUGCUAGUGGAAAGAUUUAUUAUACUGGCAAAUAUCAGAGCCUUGGAAUCAAACAAGGUGGCCCUUCAGCUGGCAAAUGGGUUGAACUCCCAAUCACAAAAUCUCCAAAGAUUAUUCAGUUUUCUGUUGGGCAUGAUGGCUCACAUGCCUUACUUGUUGCUGAGGAUGGAAGCAUAUUCUUCACAGGUUCUGCUAGUAAAGGAGAGGAUGGUGAAUCAACUAAAAGCAGAAGGCAAUCAAAGCCAUAUAAGCCUAAAAAAAUUAUUAAAAUGGAAGGAAAGAUUGUCAUAUCUACAGCGUGCAAUAAUGGAAGCAGUUCUGUAAUUUCCAAAGAUGGAGAACUCUACAUGUUUGGAAAAGAUGCCAUUUACUCUGAUAGUACAAGUUUAGUAACAGAUUUGAAAGGUCAUUUUGUGACUCAAGUAGCCAUGGGCAAAGCUCACACCUGUGUGUUAAUGAAGAAUGGCGAAGUGUGGACAUUUGGAGUAAAUAAUAAAGGACAGUGUGGACGAGACACAGGCUCUAUGAACCAGGGAGGAAAAGGUUUUGGAGUUGAGAACAUGGCAACAGCAAUGGAUGAGGAUCUGGAAGAGGAACUGGAUGAAAAAGAUGAGAAGUCCAUGAUGUGUCCUCCAGGCAUGCAUAAAUGGAAGCUGGAGCAGUGUAUGGUGUGCACUGUAUGUGGAGAUUGCACAGGCUAUGGAGCCAGCUGUGUUAGUAGCGGGCGUCCUGAUAGAGUACCUGGAGGAAUCUGUGGCUGUGGCUCAGGUGAGUCAGGCUGUGCUGUGUGUGGCUGCUGCAAGGCAUGUGCUAGAGAGCUGGAUGGCCAGGAGGCAAGGCAAAGAGGAAUCCUUGAUGCUGUAAAAGAGAUGAUACCUUUAGAUCUCUUGCUGGCUGUCCCUGUUCCUGGAGUUAAUAUUGAGGAACACCUUCAGCUACGACAAGAAGAAAAGCGGCAGCGUGUAAUUAGGAGACAUAGAUUGGAAGAAGGAAGAGGCCCCCUUGUAAUUCCUGGUCCUAUUUUUAUGAACCAUCGAGAACAGGCUCUAGCCAGAAUCAGACUCUCUCCAGCACCGCUAAAGCAUAAACGGGACAAGCACAAAGAUGGAAGUGGAGAAAGAGGUGAGAAGGAUGCCAGCAAAAUCACAACAUAUCCACCAGGGGCUGUCCGCUUUGACUGUGAGCUGCGAGCUGUGCAAGUCAGUUGUGGAUUUCACCAUUCAGUGGUUUUGAUGGAAAAUGGUGAUGUUUACACAUUUGGAUAUGGGCAGCAUGGUCAGCUUGGACAUGGUGAUGUUAAUUCCAGGGGAUGUCCCACUUUGGUGCAAGCAUUACCAGGUCCUAGUACACAAGUUACUGCUGGGAGCAACCACACAGCUAUUCUCUUAAUGGAUGGCCAGGUUUUCACAUUUGGAAGUUUCUCAAAAGGUCAGCUUGGCAGACCAAUUCUGGAUAUGCCCUACUGGAAUGCAAAACCAGCACCUAUGCCUAACAUAGGCUCCAAAUAUGGGCGCAAAGCUACGUGGAUUGGAGCGAGUGGAGACCAGACUUUUCUCCGGAUCGACGAAGCUCUCAUUAAUUCUCAUGUACUUGCUACAUCAGAGAUAUUUGCAAGCAGGCAUAUAAUAGGUUUGGUACCAGCUUCAAUAUCAGAGCCUCCUCCUUUUAAAUGUCUUCUGAUAAACAAAGUAGAUGGCAGUUGCAAAACAUUCAAUGAUUCUGAGCAGGAAGACCUCCAAGGUUCUGGUGUGUGUCUGGAUCCUGUCUAUGAUGUUAUUUGGAGGUUUCGCCCAAAUGCCAGGGAACUGUGGAGUUACAAUGCAGUAGUUGCUGAUUCCAGGCUUCCUUCAGCUCCAGACAUGCAAUCCCGGUGUAGUAUUUUGAGUCCAGAACUUGCUCUUCCAACAGGUUCCAAAGCUCUAACCACCAGAUCUCAUGCAGCUUUGCAUAUUCUAGGUUGCCUUGAUACUUUGGCUGCUAUGCAGGACUUAAAAAUGGGUGUUGCAAAUACAGAAGAAGAGACUCAAGCAGUAAUGAAAGUUUAUUCUAAAGAAGACUAUAGUGUUGUUAACAGAUUUGAAAGUCAUGGAGGAGGCUGGGGUUAUUCAGCCCACUCAGUAGAAGCUAUCCGUUUCUGUGCUGAUACAGAUAUAUUGCUAGGUGGUCUUGGUCUUUUUGGUGGUAGAGGUGAAUACACUGCUAAAAUAAAGUUGUUUGAAUUGGGUCCAGAUGGGGGAGACCAUGAGACAGAUGGAGACCUCCUUGCUGAGACAGAUGUCUUAGCAUAUGACUGUGCUGCCAGAGAGAAAUAUGCAAUGAUGUUUGAUGAGCCAGUUCUCCUGCAAGCUGGCUGGUGGUAUGUAGCCUGGGCAAGAGUGUCAGGACCUAGCAGUGAUUGUGGAUCUCAUGGACAGGCCUCUAUUACUACAGAUGAUGGUGUUGUAUUUCAGUUUAAAAGUUCCAAGAAAUCAAAUAAUGGUACAGACGUGAAUGCAGGGCAGAUUCCGCAAUUACUAUACAGGUUGCCAACAAGUGAUGGCAGUGCAUCCAAAGGAAAACAGCAAACUAGUGAACCCGUACAUAUUUUAAAGAGAUCUUUUGCCAGAACUGUGUCAGUGGAAUGCUUUGAAUCUUUACUGAGCAUUCUUCACUGGAGUUGGACAACGCUGGUGCUGGGAGUUGAAGAACUUCGUGGGCUGAAGGGUUUCCAAUACACUGCUACUCUUCUGGAUUUAGAAAGGUUGCGUUUUGUGGGCACUUGCUGCCUGAGAUUGCUGAGGGUCUACACCUGUGAAAUAUACCCAAUAUCAGCUACAGCUAAGGCAGUUGUAGAAGAAACCAGCAAACUAGCAGAUUGCAUUGGAAAAACUAGGACCUUGCUGAGAAAAAUUUUAUCUGAAGGAGUUGACCAUUGCAUGGUGAAGCUGGACAAUGAUCCUCAAGGAUAUCUUAGUCAGCCUCUCAGUCUGUUAGAAGCUGUUCUUCAGGAAUGCCAUAAUACAUUUACAGCUUGCUUCCAUUCAUUCUAUCCAACACCAGCUCUCCAGUGGGCAUGUCUUUGUGACUUGCUGAACUGUUUGGACCAGGAUAUCCAGGAAGCAAACUUCAAGACCUCCAGCAGUCGGCUCCUUGCAGCUGUCAUGUCUGCUCUGUGCCACACUUCCGUGAAGCUGACCUCCAUCUUUCCCAUUGCCUACGAUGGAGAGGCCUUGCUGCGCUCCAUGGUCAAACAAGUCAGCACUGAGAACGACUCUGCCCUGGCCCAUCGCUUUCCUCUUCUGGUUGCACACAUGGAAAAGCUUAGUCAGAGUGAAGAAAAUGUUUCAGGGAUGACAAGCUUUCGAGAAGUGCUGGAAAAGAUGUUGGUCAUUGUUAUUUUACCAGUACGGAACAGCCUUAGAAGAGAAAAUGAACUUUUCUCUUCACAUCUAGUUUCUAAUACCUGUGGGUUGCUUGCUAGUAUUGUGAGUGAGCUUACAGCAUCAGCAUUAGGAUCUGAGGUUGAUGGGCUGAAUUCUCUCCAUUCUGUCAAAUCCACUCCAAACAGAUUUACUAAAACAAGUCAGGGAAGAAGCUGGAAUACUGGGAAUGGAUCCCCUGAUGCCAUAUGUUUCUCUGUUGACAAACCUGGUGUAGUUGUAGUAGGAUUUUCUGUUUAUGGUGGAGGAGGAAUUCACGAGUAUGAGUUGGAGGUAUUAGUUGAUGAUAGUGAUCAUACUGGAGAUGCAACUCAUUCUCAUAGAUGGACAUCAUUAGAAUUGGUUAAAGGAACUUACACCACAGAUGAUUCUCCUAGUGACAUAGCUGAAAUCAGACUUGACAAAGUUGUUCCACUGAAGGAAAAUGUGAAGUAUGCAGUUCGUUUGAGGAAUUACGGAAGCCGGACUGCCAAUGGAGAUGGUGGAAUGACCACGGUUCAGUGUCCAGAUGGUGUAACCUUUACAUUCAGUACGUGUAGUCUGAGCAGUAAUGGCACCAACCAAACACGAGGACAAAUCCCACAGAUCCUUUAUUACAGGUUUAAGUUUAAUUUACAAGGGGCAAACCAGAAAAAUAAGAUGUGCUUUGAACCACAGCAUGUUUAUUAAUAAUACCUCUGUUCUAAUUGUCUUUAUUUAGCUGAAGACAUUCCAGAAUUACUCAGCUCUUCCAGUCUGUUUUCAAUGCUGCUUCCCCUCAUCAUAGCCUACAUAGGACCAGUAGCAGCAGCUAUUCCCAAGGUUGCUGUUGAGGUCUUUGGCCUGGUACAACAGCUGCUUCCUUCUGUGGCUGUUCUGAAUCAGAAAUACGCCCCUCCAGCUUUUAACCCAAAUCAGUCUACAGACAGCACCACUGGAAACCAGCCAGAGCAAGGGCUUUCAGCUUGUACUACCUCCAAUCACUAUGCUGUUGUAGAAAGUGAGCACCCCUACAAACCUGCCUCUGUUACACACUAUAAGGUGACUUUUCCUGAAUGUGUCAGGUGGAUAACAAUAGAGUUUGACACUCAGUGUGGCACUGCUCAGUCAGAGGAUGUUCUUCGUUUACUAAUUCCUGUCAGAGUUGCACAGAGCCUGGGAUUUGGACCAAAGCAUACCUCUGUUCAUGAGAACCUUAAUUCAUGGAUAGAACUGAAAAAGUUCUCUGGAUCUUCAGGAUGGCCUACCAUGGUGUUGGUAUUGCCAGGGAAUGAAGCCCUUUUUUCUCUGGAGACUGCAUCAGACUAUGUGAAAGAUGAAAAAGCUUGUUUUUAUGGUUUCAAGUGUUAUGCAAUUGGAUAUGAAUUUAGUCCAGGAAGUGAUGAGGGUAUUAUUCAGCUGGAGAAAGAACUGGCAAAUUUAGGAGGAUCAUGUGCAGCAGCUUUGAUGAAGAAAGAUUUAGCGCUUCCUAUUGGUAGUGAGUUUGAAGAAGAUCUUGAGAUACUUGAAGAGGCUGCCUUACAGGUGUGCAAAGCUCAUUCAGGCAUUCUUGGAAAAGGCUUGGCACUAUCUCACUCACCAACCAUUUUGGAAGCUCUCGAAGGAAGUCUUCCCCUGCAGGUACAAAGCAACGAGCAGUCGUUUCUGGAAGAUUUCAUUGCUUGUGUUCCAGGAUCAAGUGGUGGACGACUUGCAAGGUGGCUGCAGCCUGAUUCAUAUGCUGAUCCUCAAAAAACGUCAUUGAUUUUGAAUAAGGAUGACAUCCGAUGUGGUUGGCCAACUGUUAUUACAGUACAAACAAAAGACCAGUAUGGGGAAGUUGUUCAUGUUCCUAAUAUGAAGGUGGAAGUCAAAGCUAUUCCUGUUUCUCAGAAAAAAACAUCUUUGCAACAAGAACAAGUUAAGAAAGUGCAGCGGAUACCAGGCAGUCCUGCAACAGCUGUUUCCCCUAGCAGUGAUAUGACCUUUGGAGGACUUCCUUCACCAAAGCUUGAUUCCUCCUAUGAGCCAAUGAUAGUAAAAGAAGCUCGGUAUAUUGCUAUUACAAUGAUGAAAGCAUACGAAAAUUACUCUUUUGAAGAACUACGUUUUGCUUCACCAACACCAAAGAGACCCAGUGAAAAUAUGCUGAUCAGAGUCAAUAAUGAUGGUACAUACUGUGCAAACUGGACUCCUGGAGCUGUUGGUCUAUAUACCAUUCAUGUUACUAUAGAUGGCAUUGAAAUAGAUGCUGGACUAGAAGUGAAAGUAAAAGAUCCUCCAAAAGGAAUGAUACCUCCUGGAACCCAACUUAUCAAACCAAAAGCAGAACCUCAGCCAAACAAGGUUCGCAAAUUUGUGGCCAAGGACAGUGCAGGGCUUCGUAUCCGUAGCCACCCUUCCCUUCAGAGUGAGCAAAUAGGCAUAGUGAAAGUCAAUGGAUCCAUCACUUUCAUUGAUGAGAUCCACAAUGAUGAUGGUGUUUGGCUGAGGCUGAAUGAUGAAACAAUAAAGAAGUAUGUUCCUAACAUGAAUGGUUACACUGAAGCCUGGUGUCUGUCUUUUAACCAACAUCUUGGCAAGAGCCUUCUGGUACCUGUUGACGAAUCUAGGUCUAAUGCUGAUGAUUUUUUCAAAGACCUAAAUUCACACUGCCCACAGGAAGCAGUGAUGCAAGAACAAGACAUGCCAUUCCUUCGAGGUGGACCUGGAGUGUACAAGGUAGUGAAGACUGGCCCAUCAGGUCACAACAUCAGAAGCUGCCCUAACCUUAGAGGUAUCCCAAUUGGAAUGUUAGUUCUGGGAAACAAAGUCAAGGCAGUGGGCGAGGUGACUAAUUCAGAAGGUACAUGGGUGCAAAUGGAUAAGAACAGCAUGGUAGAGUUCUGUGAAAGUGAUGAAGGCGAGGCAUGGUCAUUAGCUAGAGACAGAGGUGGAAACCAGUACCUUCGACAUGAAGAUGAGCAAGUCCUUCUAGAUCAAAAUGUGCAGACUCCUCCCCCAAGUCCUUUUUCAAUACAAGCUUUCAGUAAGGGGACAAGCUGUAGUAAUGGACAAGGGUUUGAUUAUGGCCUUGGAAAUAACAAAGGUGACCGAAUGAAUUUCACAGGAGCUGCUAGACCGAUUUCUCCAGCAGGAAAAUCAGACAUGGCAUCAAAGCACAGAGCUGACUGCAGGUCGCCCAAGCUUGACGUGCGCAUGAACCGAGCUGCAGCCGAGCAGAAGAAACCCAGAAGUACCGAUGGCCUAUCAGCCAGCGAGUGCCUGAUGCUGAAAUCAGACGCCGCAAAGUUGCGCUCAGACUCGCACAGCAGGUCUUUGUCGCCAAAUCAUAACACUUUGCAAACACUAAAAACUGAUGGAAGAACAACUCCUGGUCUGAGAGCUGAAUCUCCAGGGCCGGGAACUCGGUCGUCUUCUCCGAAGACAAAGACGCUUACAGGCAUUAGAUCUGGUGCUAGUUCUCCACGAUCCUCAUCACCCAAUGACAAAACUCUACCUCAGAAAGCUUCAUCCCCUGUAAAAACAAAGCUUGAUCCUCCUCGAGAACGCUCCAAAUCAGAUUCUUACACGUUAGAUCCAGACACCCUUCGCAAAAAGAAAGUGCCACUGACAGAACCCUUAAGGGGGAGGUCCACUUCACCCAAACCAAAAAUUACUACAAAAGAUGAAAAACCUGCACCAGAAACUGAAAAUAGAGCUCCUUCCCCUCACGUAGUACAAGAAAAUCUUCACAGUGAGGUAGUUGAAGUCUGUACUUCGAGUACUUUAAAGACUGACAGCAUUACAGAUACUACUUGUGAAGACAACACUGAAUUCAGAAGCCUGGAUGAUGGUUCUAAUAAAGUUCAUUUCAGCAUUGGAAAAGCACCACUGAAAGAUGAGCAAGACAUGAGAGCAUCUCCAAAAGUGAGCCGUAAAUGUGCUGGCAGGCACACAAGACCCAAAAAGGAAAAAUCCAACUUCCUUUUCAAAGGAGAUGGAUCAAAGCCCAUAGAGCCUGCCAAGCAAGCAAUGUCACCUUCUGUUGCAGAAUGUGCUCGAGCCGUAUUUGCUGCAUUUCUUUGGCAUGAAGGAAUAGUUCAUGAUGCCAUGGCAUGCUCAUCUUUUUUGAAGUUUAAUCCAGAACUGUCCAAAGAGCAUGCACCCAUACGGAGCAGUCUUACUCAACAACCUGCAGAGGAAAAAGAAACCAAGUUGAAAAAUAGACAUUCAUUGGAAAUAUCAUCUGCUCUCAACAUGUUUAACAUCUCACCUCAUGGACCAGAUAUAUCUAAAAUGGGUAGCAUCAAUAAAAACAAAGUCCUCUCAAUGUUAAAAGAACCACCUCUGCAUGAAAAGUGUGAGGAUGGAAAAAAUGAAACUACCUCCUUUGAAACAUCCAGUCAUCACACAAUGAAAUCUAAGUCUCCUCUUCCAUUAACACUGCAGCACUUGGUAGCUUUCUGGGAAGAUAUUUCUUUAGCAACUAUUAAAGCAGCAUCCCAAAACAUGAUUUUUCCAAGUCCUGGUUCUUGUGCAGUGUUAAAGAAGAAAGAAAGUGACAAAGAUAACAAGAAAGCCAAAAAGGAGAAAAAGAAAAAAGAAAAGGUUGAGGCUAGGCCAAGGGGAAAUCUUUUUGGAGAGAUGGCCCAACUUGCAGUAGGAGGACCUGAAAAAGAUACCAUCUGUGAGUUGUGUGGAGAAUCCCAUCCAUAUCCAGUGACUUACCACAUGAGACAAGCUCAUCCAGGCUGUGGCCGCUAUGCAGGUGGCCAAGGUUACAACAGCAUUGGGCACUUCUGUGGAGGAUGGGCUGGGAAUUGUGGCGAUGGUGGCAUUGGAGGGAGCACGUGGUAUUUGGUUUGCGAUCGAUGCCGAGAAAAGUAUCUCCGUGAAAAGCAAGCAGCAGCAAGAGAGAAGAUUAAACAAUCUAGGAGAAAACCAAUGCAAGUUAAGACACCUCGUGCCUUGCCAACUAUGGAAGCUCAUCAAGUGAUUAAAGCCAAUGCACUGUAUUUACUAUCACUGAGUAGUGCUGCUGAACCCAGUAUCCUCUGCUAUAACCCUGCAAAAGCAUUCCAAUCUCAACUUCCCAGUCUAAAAGAAGGAAUUUCUGAAGACUUUCCCAUUAAGAUGCCAUGUCUCUAUCUACAGACAUUAGCAAGGCAUCAUCAUGAAAAUUUUGUUGGGUACCAGGAUGACAACCUGUUCCAGGAUGAGAUGAGAUACUUGCGUUCAACUUCAGUACCUGCACCAUACAUCUCUGUUACUCCUGAUGCGAGCCCGAAUGUCUUCGAAGAGCCAGAGAGUAACAUGAAAUCUAUGCCCCCAAGUUUGGAAACCAGUCCAAUCACAGAUACAGAUCUUGCAAAGCGUACAGUCUUUCAAAGAUCAUAUUCAGUUGUUGCAUCAGAAUAUGACAAACAGCACUCAAUUUUGCCAGCACGUGUAAAAGCAAUCCCCAGGAGACGAGUCAACAGUGGAGAUGCAGAAGUGGGGUCCUCUCUCCUGAGACAUCCAUCUCCUGAACUUUCUCGGUUAAUCUCCGCCCACAGCUCUCUUUCCAAAGGAGAGAGAAAUUUCCAGUGGCCAGUAUUGGCAUUUGUAAUCCAGCAUCAUGAUCUAGAAGGACUUGAAAUAGCGAUGAAACAAGCCUUACGGAAAUCUGCUUGCAGAGUCUUUGCCAUGGAGGCCUUCAACUGGCUUCUUUGUAAUGUCAUUCAAACAACUUCUCUCCAUGAUAUUUUAUGGCAUUUUGUGGCUUCCCUGACUCCUGCACCCGUAGAGCCUGAAGAAGAAGAGGAUGAGGAAAAUAAAUCAAAUAAAGAAAAUGCAGAACAAGAAAAAGACACACGAGUGUGUGAACACCCUCUGUCAGAUAUAGUGAUUGCUGGGGAAGCUGCUCACCCCUUACCCCACACUUUCCAUCGCCUUCUUCAGACAAUCUCUGAUCUUAUGAUGUCUCUUCCCAGUGGUAGUGCAUUACAGCAAAUGGCCUUAAGGUGCUGGAGUCUUAAAUUCAAACAAUCUGAUCACCAGUUCCUGCACCAGAGCAAUGUUUUUCAUCAUAUCAACAAUAUUUUGUCGAAAUCUGAUGAUGGAGAUAGUGAAGAGAGUUUUAGUAUCAGCAUUCAGUCUGGUUUUGAAGUCAUGAAUCAGGAACUGUGUAUAGUAGUUUGUCUGAAAGACCUAACCAGCAUCGUUGACAUUAAGACAUCAAGCCGACCUGCCAUGAUUGGUAGUUUAACAGAUGGGUCUACAGAAACGUUCUGGGAGUCAGGAGAUGAGGACAAAAACAAAACUAAAAACAUCACAAUCAACUGUGUAAAAGGAAUCAAUGCACGUUAUGUUUGUGUUCAUGUAGACAAUUCCAGAGAUCUUGGGAACAAAGUGACCUCUAUGACCUUCCUAACUGGCAAGGCAGUAGAAGAUCUCUGCAGAAUAAAACAGGUAGACUUGGAUUCAAGACAUAUUGGCUGGGUAACAAGUGAGCUUCCUGGGGGUGAUAAUCACAUCAUCAAAAUUGAAUUGAAGGGUCCAGAGAACACAUUAAGAGUUAGACAAGUGAAAAUUCUUGGCUGGAAGGAUGGUGAAAGCAUUAAAAUAGCAGGCCAGAUUUCUGCAAGUGUGGCUCAACAAAGAAACUGUGAAUCUGAGACACUGCGAGUAUUCCGACUUAUAACAUCCCAGGUAUUUGGGAAACUUAUCUCCGGAGAUGCUGAGCCAACCCCAGAACAAGAAGAAAAAGCACUGUUGUCAUCCCCAGAAGGAGAAGAAAAAGUACACAAUGCAACAUCAGAUGCAGACCUGAAGGAGCACAUGGUAGGGAUCAUUUUCAGCCGGAGCAAACUGACGAAUUUGCAGAAACAGGUGUGUGCCCACAUCGUGCAGGCCAUCCGGAUGGAGGCGACGCGCGUGCGCGAGGAGUGGGAGCACGCCAUCUCCAGCAAGGAGAACGCCAACUCGCAGCCCAGCGACGAGGACGCCUCCUCGGACGCCUACUGCUUCGAGCUGCUCUCCAUGGUGCUGGCGCUCAGCGGCUCCAACGUGGGCCGCCAGUACCUGGCCCAGCAGCUCACUCUGCUCCAGGACCUCUUCUCCCUGCUACACACGGCUUCUCCCAGGGUGCAGAGGCAGGUAACAUCAUUACUGAGGCGUGUUUUGCCCGAGGUAACCCCCAGUCGCCUGGCAAGUAUUAUAGGGGUGAAGUCUCUUCCACCAGCAGAUAUAAGUGAUAUAAUUCACUCAACAGAAAAAGGAGAUUGGAACAAACUAGGUAUCUUGGACAUGUUUUUGGGAUGCAUUGCCAAAGCUCUCACUGUACAGCUAAAAGCCAAAGGAACUACUAUCACAGGGACAGCUGGCACUACUGCAGGCAAAGGAGUCACUACAGUCACACUUCCAAUGAUCUUCAAUUCCAGCUAUAUUCGGCGAGGUGAAAGUCAUUGGUGGAUGAAGGGGUCAACGCCUACACAGAUUUCAGAGAUCAUCAUUAAGCUCAUUAAAGAUAUGGCAGCAGGUCAUCUGUCAGAAGCUUGGUCACGCGUGACAAAGAAUGCUAUUGCUGAAACCAUCAUAGCUCUGACCAAAAUGGAAGAAGAGUACAGAUCACCUGUGAGGUGCAUUGCAACAACCAGACUGUGGUUGGCCUUGGCAUCCCUCUGUGUACUUGAUCAGGAUCAUGUUGAUAGACUAUCCUCAGGAAGAUGGAUGGGAAAGGAUGGGCAACAGAAACAGAUGCCAAUGUGUGAUAACCAUGAUGAUGGUGAAACUGCUGCAAUCAUUUUAUGUAAUGUCUGUGGGAAUUUGUGCACAGACUGUGACCGAUUCCUUCAUCUCCAUCGGCGAACAAAAACUCACCAGAGACAGGUGUUCAAAGAAGAAGAAGAAGCUAUCAAAGUUGAUCUCCAUGAGGGCUGUGGUAGGACCAAACUUUUCUGGCUGAUGGCAUUAGCAGAUUCAAAAACUAUGAAGGCUAUGGUGGAGUUUAGAGAACAGACAGGCAAACCGACCACCAGCAGUUGUGAAGCAUGUCGGUUCUGUGGAUGUAGGAGUGGAACAGAAUUAUCAGCAGUGGGAAGUGUUUGUUCUGAUACGGACUGCCAGGAGUAUGCUAAGAUUGCCUGCAGCAAGACACACCCCUGCGGUCACCCCUGCGGAGGUGUUAAGAACGAAGAGCACUGUUUGCCGUGCCUGCAUGGCUGCGAUAAAAACGCUACAACUCUGAAACAAGAUGCUGAUGACAUGUGCAUGAUCUGCUUUACUGAAGCACUUUCAGCAGCACCAGCUAUCCAGCUGGACUGCAGCCAUGUUUUCCAUUUGCAAUGCUGUCAGCGAGUACUAGAAAACAGAUGGCUUGGCCCAAGGAUUACUUUCGGGUUUAUGUCCUGCCCAAUUUGCAAGAACAAAAUCAAUCACACAGUAUUAAAGGAUUUGCUUGAUCCAAUCAAAGAACUCUAUGAAGAUGUAAGGAGAAAAGCACUAAUGAGAUUGGAGUAUGAAGGGCUGCACAAGAGUGAGGCCAUCACAACGCCAGGUGUUAGAUUUUAUAAUGACCCAGCUGGCUAUGCUAUGAACAGAUAUGCUUAUUACGUUUGCUACAAGUGCAAAAAGGCAUAUUUUGGUGGUGAAGCUCGUUGUGAUGCUGAGGCUGGACAAGGAGAUGAUUAUGAUCCAAGAGAACUUAUUUGUGGUGCCUGCUCUGAUGUUUCAAGGGCUCAGAUGUGUCCCAAACACGGUACGGAUUUCUUAGAGUACAAAUGCCGCUACUGCUGUUCAGUUGCUGUUUUUUUCUGUUUCGGGACAACGCAUUUUUGCAAUGCUUGCCAUGAUGAUUUCCAAAGAAUGACAAGCAUCCCUAAAGAAGAGCUCCCACACUGUCCUGCAGGUCCCAAAGGUAAACAACUUGAAGGAACAGAAUGUCCACUUCAUGUUGUCCAUCCACCCACUGGUGAAGAAUUUGCUCUGGGUUGUGGGGUUUGCAGAAAUGCACACACUUUUUAGAAUAGCAUUUUUUUUAACCAGAGCAGAACAGGUGCCCUCAUCCCUCAAGUGUCCUGAAAACAAAGUCCAUCUGGGAUGAGGAUGGGACCAUUCCAUAACCCAGGUAAAAGGAACAAUUUACAGUGCAAGAAGGAUGCCAAAUACCAUGUACAUAAUUCUUGCUGUGAGAUAUUGACAUUUUUUGAACCGAGACAUCAAAAUUUGUGAGGUGUUUGCAUGUGGCCAUUACAGUCAUCGGCUAGGAAACAUUGGACAUUUACAAAUAAACAAUUGUUAUUAAAGGAUCUGUGUGUCUGUGGACUAUGAAUGAUGCUGGCUUUCAGAUGAAAGAAAAAAAUAUUGAUUAUUGUAUACUGACUUUUUGUAAUCUUGUACAAUUGUAACGCAUCACAAGUGGGGAUGGGAAAGAGGAAUAUUCUGGUUUAUUUCCUAGACUGUUAUAAAAAAAUGUGUUAGGAAGGCAUAAAUGUAACAAGUAUCACCCUGUAUAUAAAGGUAUCAAUGUUUGUCCUGUAUAAGAAAUAUUAAAUUACAACAGCAGUUUCAUUUAAACUUCUGGGUUAUGUUUGAGCCUGAAAUUUUAAUGAAGUGCAAUACUGAGUGUGCCUCAUAUCUUGCAGCUGUAAACAUAAUGGAAUGUACAUGUCAAUAAAGCCACUGUACAUUUUUAUACAGUGAAA